AUGCUGCGGGCUCCGGCUCCCACGAUGCCGCCCCGGCGCCGCGGCCGCUGCCUCCCGCUGCUGCUGCUGCUGCUCGCGGGCAACAUCUGGCCCGCGCCGGGCAAGUCUCCGGGGGAGCCGCCCAGCCCGCAGGAGGUGCUGAUCAAAGUCCAGGUGUAUGAGAACAGCGACCUCUCCCCGCUGGCCCAGGCUGCUGUGGAAGUGUAUGGGAACCAGACGUCACUGGCCUCAGGCUCCACAGACCAUGAGGGCGUCGGGAUGCUGCCCGUCAGCUACCGUCUGGGCACCUGGAUCCUGGUCACCGCCGCCAAGCGCGGCUUCGUCACCAACUCUGUGCCCUGGCGGGUCGACAAGCUGCCAUUGUAUGCCUCUGUCAGCCUGUAUCUGCUCCCGGAGCGGCCCGCCACCCUCAUCCUCUAUGAGGACUUGGUGCAGAUCUUGCUGGGAUCACCAGGGGCCAAGAGCCAGCCGUGGGUGCAGUUCCAGCGCAAGGCGGCCCGCCUGCCCCGCAGCUCCACCUACAGCCAGCUCUCUGCCUCCCUGACAGCCGCCAGCGGAGCCCACGACAUGCGGGGCUUCCCCUCCUUCAUCGGGGCUGAGAGCAACGGCAGCGCCAACAGCACCUGGCUGGAGCUGGUUCCCAUCGCUGCCGUCAGCGUCCACCUCUUCACGGGCAACGGCACCGAGGUGCAGCUGUCGGGCCCCGUGCACCUGUCCAUCCCGCUGCCUCCCGACACCAGCGCCACCACGGCCACCAGCGUGCCAGCCUGGAGGUUCGACACCAAGAGUGGCCUGUGGCUCCGAAACGGGACAGGGCUGAUCAGGAAGGAGGGGCGCCAGCUGUACUGGACGUUCGUCUCACCCCAGCUGGGAUACUGGGCUGCCGCUCUGCCCUCCCCCACCACAGGGCUGGUGGCGCUGGCGUCGGGAAUGAAGGACAUCACCACGUACCACACCAUCUUCCUGCUCACUAUCCUGGGGGCGCUGGCGCUGCUGGUGCUGAGUCUGCUCUGUCUGCUCAUCUACUACUGCAGGCGGAGGUGCCUGAAACCCCGACAGCAGCACAGGAAGCUGCAGCUGUCUGGGCCGCUGGAUGCCUCGAAGCGAGACCAGGCCACCUCCAUGUCCCAGCUCAACCUGAUCUGCACCAGCCACCUGGAGACAGCCUCAUCAGCUGGCGACCCCGACACGCACACGCCCAUCCUCAAGUCAGCCUUCUCCAGCUCCCGUGAGCUGGGCAGCUCCCGCGAGGAGUUCUUCCGUCACAAGCUGCGGCAUGUCAGCAAGGCCUCCACGGAGACGCUGAGCCAGCGGGGCGCCCCCAAGGAGGAGUACCCGCGCCCCGGGGAGAGCUUCUCGCUCAAGGCCGCGCGCUCCAUGGACGGCCCGGGCGCGCUGGAGCCCCCCAUGCUGGAGGAAUACAAGCGCAGCUUCUCCCACCAGCGCGUGGAGGACAAGGGCACCGAGCCAUCGCGGAAGCACUCAAGGAACGAGAGCAAGCCCUACCUCCAGGAGCCGCCCUCCCCGCCGCCCCUGCCGCCCCCCUUUGACCACUACGUGGGCCACAAGGGGGAGCCCAAGCCCCCCGACUUCAUGCUGUCGCAGUCCGUGGACCACCUGGCCAGGCCCACCUCGCUCACCCAGCCGGGGCAGCUCAUCUUCUGCGGCUCCAUCGACCACAUGAAGGACAGCGUGUACCGCAACGUCAUGCCCACCUUGGUCAUCCCGGCCCACUACAUGCGCUUGGCGUCGGAUUACCCCUCCGGGGAGCAGGCCCUGGCUGGCCCGGCAGAUAGCCAGCCUGAGAUGGAGGGGCUGCCCGGCCAGGCCGGGAUGACCAUCCCGCACCAGUUCGGGCCCCAGGACCAGCAGCGGCAGCUCCUCCAGCAGCAGCUCCAGCUGCAGCACCAGCAGGGCGAGGACUCGGAGGGCAAGGGCUGGGGGCCGCACUCCUCCUCGGUCAGCGGCUCCGUCACCAUCCCGGUGCUGUUCAACGAGUCCACCAUGGCCCAGCUGAACGGGGAGCUGCAGGCGCUGACGGAGAAGAAGCUGCUGGAACUGGGGGUGAAGCCCCACCCGCGGGCCUGGUUCGUCUCGCUGGACGGGCGCUCCUCCCAGGUGCGCCACUCCUACAUCGACCUGCAGGGCAGCGAGAAGAGCCGCAGCAACGACGCCAGCCUGGACUCGGGUGUGGACGUCCACGAAGCCAAGCCCCACAAGCGGGCCAAGGAGGAGCGGGAGCGGCCCCCUGCCCCCACCGCCUACUCCAAGCUGGCCUUCCCCGAUGACGCGGAGCAGAGCAGCAGCGAGAGCCGCACGGCCAUCUGCUCCCCCGAGGACAACUCCCUGACGCCCCUGCUGGACGAGACGGCCGAGGCCCGGGCCGCCACCAUCCCCCGCCGGGGCCGCAGCCGGGGCACCAGCUCCCGCAGCAGCGCCAGCGAGCUGCGCCGGGACUCCAUGACCAGCCCUGAGGACGAGCUGACCGACCCGGCCGAGGGUGGCGACGAGCCGGGUGACAAGAAGAGCCCCUGGCAGAAACGCGAGGAGCGCCCGCUCAUGGUCUUCAAUGUGAAGUAA